UGCAUGUGAGUGCAUGUCACCCGGCAGAACUGCUUCAGGCUCCGUUUUGCUCGCUCUGCGAUUUUGACAUGCAAGUCUCCUCACUGGCUGCAGCUUUGUAACCCGCAUCUGACCCAUCUGGACUUUCAAGCAGGGGAAUGAUCCAGCUAUAGCCUGAACGGGCCAGACGUCAGCAGGAUGAGUUCAGAGGAUCGCAGCUCAGCCAUGUCACAGAAGAUCUCCUCCUUAUCGAGGAGCAACAGCAGCUCCUCGUCCAAGCACGACAGCCGACAGGACAGCUGGGAAAUCGUGGAGGGUUUGCGUGGGGGGGUCAGUAAUGUCCUGGAGCCGCAGAAACAGGAGGGCUACAUGCUGAAGAGGAGAAAGUGGCCCAUGAAGGGUUGGCACAAGAGAUACUUCUUCCUGGACAAGGGGAUCCUUAAAUAUGGCAAGGGCAGUGCUGAUAUUGAGAAGGGGAAACUGCAUGGCUGCAUUGACGUGGGUCUCUCCGUGAUGGCCAUUAAGAAGAAAGCCAAAUGUAUUGAUCUUGACGCUGAGGAGAAUAUCUAUCACCUGAAGAUUAAGUCACAGGAGCUGUUUGACGAAUGGGUGUCCAAGCUGCGCCACCAUCGGCUCUAUCGGCAGAAUGAGAUUGCCAUGUGUGCCAACGAGAAACCCUUCUUCUACCCCAUGUACCCCUCCCCCAACUCCCCUGGCAUAGCUGAGGGACCCUCCUUGAGGAAGGUCAUGUCUAUACGGAGGCAGUCCUCAGUGCAUCCAGCAUCAGGAUUCCCUUUGAGCUCCAACAGCCAGGCAAAGGUAGCUGCCUGGCUCCAGUCAUCAGAAGACAUGGACAAAUGCUCUAAAGACCUUGCGGAGUGUGAGGCCUACCUGCAGGAGCUGAACCACCUGAUACAGAGCAUGGAAGUCCUGCACCGCACUUAUUCUGCUCCAUCUAUUCAAGCACUACAGGCAUCCACAUUGGACAGUCCCAAAAAAGAAAAGAGACUUCAAAGGAAAUGGCGCAAUAAAAACUACAAUAAAGAUGUCAAAACAACUCUGCAGGUACCCAGCUGCAUCUCCUCUGGCUCGAUCCGCCUUCAUGCCUCCAACCCCAAUCUCUCCACCGCUACACUCGGAAAUGACAAAGUCGACCCCGAAUCCCUGGAUUCACAGUUUGACGUAGCAAAGCUGCAGGAGGACUUCUGCCGUGUUGCCACCAACUUGCACACAACCAUGAAAUCAGUACUGAGCUCGCUAACAUCAGAGAGGGAGAGACUGAAGCAGUGUCUGGAUCACGACUCGUAUCCCCCAACCUCACCCCAAGUCGUCAAUCUGAAGAACACCCUGGCAGCGGCUUUAGCGCAGAACUCUGAGCUGAAAGAGCGCCUGAACAAGAUUCAUGCCGAGUCCCAGAUCGUAGAGCCCUCACUAAUAAAUCUCCCUGCCUCUGUGCAGAAGCAGGAUUCAGCAGAAGACCCUCAUCCUCUUGUGCACCAAGUUUCCAAUGAGAGCAGAGCUUCAGUUGCAGAGUCUUUGUCAGAGUUCUUUGAUGCACAAGAGGUUCUCUUGUCAGCUAGCUCCUCUGAAAAUGAGGUGUCAGAUGAUGACUCAUACAUCAGUGACAUUAGUGACAACAUUUCAAUGGACAAUUUCAGCAACGAGACAGAGAGUGAAAGACCUAACUCAGGUUCUGUGGAAGAAGGCUCUGUCCUUCGUACACGUAGAUCCUGCCUGCCCACGCCCACCCCGACCAACAACACAAUCAGCCUGUGGAACAUCCUCCGAAACAAUAUAGGCAAAGACUUAUCCAAGGUGACGAUGCCUGUGCAUCUUAACGAGCCCCUCAAUGCCCUGCAGAGACUCUGUGAGGAGCUGGAGUACAGUGAGCUGCUGGACAGAGCUGCCAUCACACAGGACCCCUUUGAACGAAUGAUUUAUAUCGCCACAUUUGUUGUGUCCGGAUACGCAGCCAGCUACUACAGGACUGGAGGAAAACCUUUCAAUCCUGUUCUGGGAGAGACGUAUGAAUGCGACCGUCCAGACAAAGGCUUUCGGUUUGUUGGUGAGCAGGUUAGUCAUCACCCACCUAUUUCAGCUUGCCAUGCAGAAUCUAAAAACUUUGUCUUCUGGCAAGAUGUAAGAUGUAAGAACAAAUUCUGGGGAAAAUCAAUGGAGAUUGUUCCUGUGGGUACCACUCAUGUCACGCUACCAAGAUUUGGGGAUCACUAUGAGUGGAACAAAGUGACAUCCUGCAUCCACAACAUCCUCAGUGGUCAGCGCUGGAUCGAGCACUAUGGGGAGAUCUCAAUCAGAAACUCCAACAGCGAUGUUUGCCAAUGCAAGAUCACUUUUAUCAAGGCCAGAUACUGGAACUCAAGCGUGAAUGAGGUGGAGGGAGUCAUUACGGAUAUCAAAGAAAAGGUCAUCCACAGAUUGUUUGGGAAGUGGCACGAAGCAGUUUACUGCGGAGACCCUCCGUCAGCUACCUGCAUCUGGAGGGCAAGCCAGAUGCCAAUGAACUAUGAGCAGUACUAUGGCUUUACAAAGUUUGCAAUUGAGCUAAAUGAGCUGGAGCCCUCUUUGAAACAGCUACUGCCACCUACAGACACAAGACUACGAGUGGACCAGAGACUGCUGGAGGAGGGGAACCUGGAAGCAGCAGAAGAACAAAAGCAGAGGAUUGAACAGCUGCAGAGAGACAGACGGAGAGUCCUGGAGGAGAACAAUGUGUCACAUCAGCCUAAAUUCUUCAGGAAGUCAAAGGAGGACGCCUGGGUCAGCAACAGCACUUACUGGGAGCUGAGGAGAGACCCCGGGUUCUCCCACAUCGAGUUUCCAGCACUGUGGUGACCUCAGAACACAGUUUCUACCCGCACAGCCUCCACUGUGACCCAGGCUGGUUCUGGCGAUGUCCGUAGCCCACUCCUACCCAUCCACAUGCUGUUUUCUAUAUUACAGUCCAUUCAAAUGAUUGCCUUAAUAACAAGUGCUUAUCUGUGUUGAGUAAAUCUGUUCAUGGAAGCAUUGGGAGGGAAUGUUGGUGUUGAAACUUUCACCUUUCACUUUCACUCAUAUAUCUGCAUCUUUUUAUGUUACGGAUUCUCAGAAAAGGGAAGCAACUUGGUAAAAUCAAUGAAAGAAAAUGUCAUUGUUUCCAUAAUUCCAGCUUGAAAAUGCUGAAUUUCUUAGUCCCUUAAGGUUGUGUCUUAUAAUGGACAUUCUCUACCUCGGAGAAAAACGAGCCUUGCUAUUUCAGUGAUUGUGUGCACACAUGUUUAUUCGCCUAAUGCCUUACUAGUUGUGCUUCUAUUGUUUUUAUUUAAUUAAACUUUUGCGUUUGCUUUGCUGUUUUGUAAGGAUAUGCAACAACUGUUGAAAUGACCUUCAUUGUGCUGAGGGUAUCUUCAUGUCUCAUAAAGUAAUUACUUUAUAGUUAUUACUCUGUGAAUGACUGUACGAUAUUAUAUGAGCAACGGUAGCCAACAUUAAUUCCAGUCUCUUGUCACCCAUAUUAUCCAUUGCACCAUUUUGACACUGGGUUUGGAGUUAAAAUAAAGUCCAAAUCAAUGUUCAUAAAAGAGUAAUAAAAUAUCAGUCGUUCCUGUUA